AUGUCUCGACGCGCUACGCCGGGCCAGGCGGCUCAGAAUCAGCAGACCAUCAAAAGUCUGCUGAAACUCGAGAAUAACAAGAUAUGUGCCGAUUGUAAACGCAACAAGCAUCCACGAUGGGCGUCCUGGAACUUGGGUAUUUUCAUUUGUAUUCGUUGUUCGGGCAUUCACCGUGGCAUGGGUACACACAUCAGUCGGGUUAAGUCCGUUGAUCUUGAUGCCUGGACCGAUGAACAACUACAAAGUGUUCUGAGAUGGGGCAAUGGGAGAGCGAACAAGUACUGGGAGGCCAAGUUGGCACCUGGGCACGUUCCCUCGGAAGCGAAGAUCGAGAACUUCAUUCGAACCAAGUACGAAGCCAAACGCUGGGUGAUGGAUGGAGGAAUGCCCGAACCCUCGACCUUGGACGAUGGAGAUGACGACGUGCCUCUUGCGGUGGUUCAGGAAAAGGCGAAGAUUGAACGUUCCGCAUCCCAGCGAGUCGCCGCCCCCAGCCAACCCCAGGCACAACGUCAACAAGCCCCAAUCGACCUGUUCGGUGACGAUAUGAUUUCUGCCCCACCCCGUCCUAGCACGACCGAGCCUACACCUCGCGCCCCUCCCAGACAAGCUCAGUCUGUGCAGCCAAAGGCUCAGAAGCCGGGUGAUUCAUUGCUCGGUCUCGACUUCUUUGGCAGCACCCAACCCUCGGCCGGCAGCCGGCCUACGAGCACUGCGUCUACACCCGCUGCUCCCAGCGGUAUGUCUCGACCGGAUCUGAAGCAAUCGAUCCUGUCGCUGUACUCAAAGCCCCAACCGGCUCCGCCCCAGCAUGGGCGGACCACCUCUUUUGGAGACUUGGCCUCCCCGACACCUCACUCUACCACUUCGUCGAACAUGGGUGGCCUCACUGAUGCGUUCAGCGGGCUGAGCUUUCCCUCUAUAACCUCCCCCCCGCUCUCCAAGCCCACCGAGAAGCCAUCUCCAUUUGCUGGUCUGACCAACUUCUCGCAUACGAAGUCGACUCCGGCGGCUCCCAGGGUCACCUCGCCGUCUAGCUCGGCCAGCGGUGAUCUUUUCGAUAGCUUGACCUCACCCACCAUGUCUGCACACAAGCCCCAAUCGCGGAACGCUUCUAUUUCGAGUGGACAGGACUUUGGCUUUGGUGGCUUUACCUCCCCGACCACCAAGCCUGCAAAGCCUAACCCUCCGUCUUCAUCUCUCUCGAACGACUUGUUCGGCCUCUCUUCCCCGCCUCUUGCUCCUGCAGCACGUGCGGCACCUCCCAAGCCCACUGUUUCUUCCCCUCAGCUAGAUAUGAGCUCUGCAUUUAACCUCUCCAGUCCUCCCAUCCAGCGUUCAGCGCCCGCCAAGCCUGUCGUGCCAGUCGCAGCAGCUGCCGCCACCGGCGUUAUGUCUUCCAGCAUGGAUCCCUGGGGCGGCAAUGCCUGGAACACCCCCGACUCUGUGACUGAGCCUGCACCUGCGCCACGCGUACCAUCUACAUCUAACAUGAUGAAGGUCCCUGAUACCUUGACCGCCAAUGAUAUCGGGACUGGCUGGGGCGCACCACCCAACCCUACCCCUACUGUAGCAGCGGACGAGGAUUUUGGCGGCUGGACUAGCGCCGCCCCCGUCUCCUCCGGAACCACUGCAACCACGACCUCCAAGCCGGCUGGCGGGUUUGGUGGAGCUGAUGAUCUCUUCUCGAAUGUGUGGGAAUAA